UAUACAUGGUAUUCAUGGUUUCUGCGAUAAUUAUCAUUGAUGAUUGAAUAAAUGACGCUUAUUCUUAGAAUCAUGGAGUAUUAUGUCCGCGGUUUAAACACCCGGUCGAACUUCAAAUAGUAGCACCGAGAUCAAUGCAGAAUGUAUCGCCAGGUACAUACAUACAUUAUUAAUUAUGUAAACAAAUUGCUAUUUCGUGGGGCUAAAUCAUUGGAUUAAUAAGUUAUCGUUUAAAGAACGUUGUAAAGUAAAAAUUUAAACGGCAUCCAUCAAUGAAGUUCAUAACAUUUUAAUGUACUUCCUCGUAUUUAAAAAUUUGUUUCAAUUGUAACAGAGAGAAUUCCUGUGACGUAAAUAUUGAGAAAUGACAAAACAGUACUUCAUGCGACGGAUUUCAACUAUUUCCAUAGUAACUAAGCCAUUAGCCUGAUUAAUCCGGUAAAAAGCAUGUGUCAAAAUUAGCAAAAAUGUUCGAAAAAUUUCCCGUUUCCAAAUAUUAUCUACCCCGAAAGUUUUUCCUACGCAUGAAGUCACGUUUAAUCCAAUCUGGAAUAAAGGAAAAAAAACUUCUAUACAAGCAGAAAAUGUAGAACACAAUUUUCAAAUUUGCCUACAAAUUUUGAUACAUUGCAAUCUAACCUAAGAUCUAACUGACAACUAACCUCUCAAAGUUUAAUCCGUUUUGAAUACAUCUAGCUCCUGCAGAAUAUAGUUAAAUAUUUUGAGUACCAAAACGCUUCGUUAUGUCGUGCAAGAAUAGAGGUCCUAUCGGUAUAACGAGAUCCCAGAGGCUUUGGAACGAUCCCAAAACUGCUGUAGACGAAUACUUGUUAGGUUUUGCCCUGACACAUCCUGGGACUAUAGUUCUUGAAGGUCACAGAGCAAUUCUGCGAAGAGACCAUGCUGAAAUGCCUGGGCAGGUAAAAUUAAUAUCUGGUGGAGGAGCGGGCAACGAACCGACACAUACUGGCUUUGUUGGACCAGGAAUGCUGACUGGCGUCGUUGUGGGCGAUAUCUUUUCAGCACCUCCCAGCAAAUCGAUUUUGAAAGUAAUUCAACAAUUAGGCACCAAUCAUUCACCAGGUGUACUGAUCAUCAUUCAAAAUUACACAGGUUACCGCAUCAACUUUGGACUUGCUAAGUCAAGGGCCCAGAAUGAAGGCAUAAUCGUUUCAAUGCUCACUGUCGGUGAUGACACCUGUUUAAAAUCAUUUGAAAAAACAGCUGGGCGGCGAGGCUUAGCUGCUACUUUGUUCAUUCACAAGAUUGCAGGAGCCAUGGCUGAAGAAGGCAGAAAGUUAGGAGAGAUUUGGGCAGUGUGUAACAGAAUCAUAACUUCGGGUGAACUUGCUACCAUUGGUAUUUGCACUAGGAUUCCACCAUCAGCUGGUAUUUGUGCAUGCACUGGAAAUUCAAGUACAGAACAGAUGGAGAUAGGUGCGUUUGGCUUUGGGAUCCAUGGCGAACCUGGAGCAACACGAGUUGACUUUACAACUGCUAAAGAUAUUGUUUGUCAGUUGAUAGAUAUCAUGACAGACAUAACAGCUGAAGCAAGUUUGAAAUUUGCUGAGCCUGAUGAUUCCAAAAUAGCUGAAAAUAAGGUUGCUGUAAUUAUUAACAAUCUUGGAGGGUCAAGUCAAAUAGAAUUAGGCGUAUUUACAAUGGAAGUCAUACAACAGUUGACCUCUCGUGGUUUAUGUGUUGAAAGAAUUUACGUUGGAACCCUCAUGACUUCUUUGGAUACCAGUGGCUUUCAAUUGUCAGUGCUGAAAUUAUCAUCAGAUACAAGACUGAUUAAAUAUCUCGACGCUCCGACAGCUGUUCCAGCUUGGCCCAAAGUAUUAGACUGGAGUGGCUUGAGUACUAACGCGGAGGUAAUGAAACUAGGACGAGGCUCUAAGAUAUCGAGACUUAGUGUUGUCAGUGGCGGUGAUAUACCGGAAAUUGAAGCUUGUGGUCCUGUGCUCGAUGAACAUACAGCACAAGUCUUUCUUAUGAUACUAACGUUUGCAUGCGAGGCGUUAACUAGCUGCUCUAAGCAGUUAAAUAUCAUGGAUGAAGAUUCGGGAGAUGGUGAUUGUGGUACAUCUGUUGCACAGGGCACUAGUGCCAUAAAAGCCGCAAUCAAAGAAAAACAAAUUUCGGGUUACAGACCAUUUGUUACACUCAGGCAAAUCAGUUAUAUCAUCGAGCGAGUGAUGGGUGGAAUUAUGGGUGGGCUUUAUUCACUGUUUUUCGAUGCAGGUGCUAAGGAGUUUGCAAAGAGGUCCCAAAGAGAGCCAGUUGAUGCUUGUAUGUGGCUCAAUGCGCUUGCAGCAGGAAAUAAAGCAGUAGCAGAAUAUGGUCAGGCAACUGCUGGAGACAGAACAAUGCUUGAUCCGCUGCUCGCAGCCCAAGAUAAUCUUGUGCAGGCAUUAACGUUAAACUUACAUCCUAUCAGGGCUUUCGAAAAUGCUGUGAAAGCAGCAGAAUCUAAAGCUAUUGAAACUAUUAAAAUGCCAGCAGCUGUGGGUAGAGCUAGUCUGGUGAAAUGCAAGAUCUCGUGCCGAAGGAUUGCUGCCUCUGAUCCUUUUACCGAAAGGAAAAUGAACGCAGUGAUUGCGCUGUGUACAUUCUGCGAAAUGCACGGGCCUCAAGUAGUAUUCACAACACAGACUUAUCGCAACUGUUUCGACAACGAGAGUACAGAAAAGCUUAAAUUUUAUGGGCCUAAGGAUGUUCUGAAGAAAGCUGACAGCCUCCAAGGAAAAGCUCAAUCUGAAGGCUGUGAAGGCUGCAAAAGUUUGGGAAAUAUAAAAUAUUUGAGCAACGAACACGAAACAAGAACCUCCUUUUUGUCUGCUCAAUGUCCGCUCACUCAGGAAAUAGGAAGUCUAUUGAAAGAUGCAUGUAUUAGAAGUUUAAGCUGUGAGGUACACUCAGGAAAAGAAGGCAUAUGCUAUUUCGGUGACGACCAUAGGGGUCAUGUUUUGAGUCAAACGUUCACGUUGAAAGAUGCCCAGACUCGAGGAUUCAGAAGAUGGUACAGUUUCAUAGUGUUUAUGCGCGAUAAACAAUUUCUCUUGAAUAUGUGGCCCUUCUUAGUUGAUAACUUGAGAGAAGUGAUUAGAGAACUUCAAGAUAUUUCAGAGAAAAAGUACAACACAGAAGAAGCUGAAUGCCCCCAAAGAGCUGCCAGAUUAAAAACUGCUAGUAGCGGAUCAGAAGCUAAUUCCAAUAAGCAGCCUAGAUCACUUGGAGAUAUUACAAAUGAAAAGCAUGUAUUUGCGAGGAUACACAUGUGGUUAGUGUGGAUACUUAGUGCAGGAGCUCGACAUUUUGUUGAAAUAUUACCAAUGAAUUUGUUAGAUGAUGAAUUGAGCUAUGACUUGGAACAUCACAUAGAAGUGGACGAAGGCUUUACCCUGGUCAAUGCAAAAUCACCCAUUAUACCAAAACUUACACUCGAGGAGACAAAAGUGGCACCAGAGUUUUUAGACGUUUCUUAUAAAUCGCCAAUUACCAUUUUGAAGGAAAUCAAAUGUAUUCUUGGAAAAGAGCAUUUCCGACAAGUAUUGUAUGCAAGUUUGACAGGCAUUCAAGUUUUAGUACGCGGUUCAAAACUAGAAGUUCUAGAGCUGUUAUAUGGACUGAGCUACUUGGUUCCAGUAGCAUGUAGACGAGUUGUCACGCAAGCAACUGAAUAUAUGAACCCAAAUGCGUGCAAUUUUAUUGGCGUCGACACAUCUGUGGCAGUCCCGUUGCUGAGUUCUGAAAUAUGUCGAUUGGAUAUCAUACCAAAAGAGCAUAAAAUGGCAAAUGAAAACUCGUACCUUAUCAGGUGGGCCGGUACUCUGCCUGCAAAGUUACCCACACUAUUGGUUAAAAUAGAAAAGGCGUUUGAUAAUGAGAAGCUUGGAGAACCUGUUUUGAAAGCACAUUUUGUUGCUCUGCAAGAAGAAUGGGCAAACAUAGCCAAAGUAGUGCAUGCCAUGAGAGGCCGAGGUCACAGAGGAGAUUUAUCUGGACUGAUGGUGAGUUUAGGAGCAGGUCCUCGUGACCAAAAAUUAUUGGAUGCUUGGUCAAUGGGUUUACCAUCCAAUCCUGCAUAAUACGGACAAUGUAUUUACAAUUUAGCCGUUUAGGUAAUUGAUUUGAUUCGUUAAAAGAAUGUGUACAGUGUGGUUUUGAUGAGGGAAACAAUGAUUAUUGAAGUCCGGUAUUCAUUAUUCAAUCAUUUAAUACUCUUCGAGUUGUGUCUAUAACUACCUGUAACAAUAGACUUUUUUUUAUAUAUUUGAAGUUGUGUUUUCACACAUACCGUGAACUUUUUUUGCCACAGUGAGAAAGAACCGACGUAACUAGGAUUAAAUAAUUUAAAAGUAUGUAAGUAAUAUAUAACAGUGUUUAACAUAGUCGAGGGGUGUUGAAUAAAAUAUUCUGUGAUCUUAUAACAA